AAAUUAAAUAAUUAUUAAUUAUAAAAAUAUCUAACUAAUAUAAGUUUCAUUAAAAGUUCAGACGUGUUUCAUCAAAUGAUAAAAUGCAUUCGGUGUUUAUACUGCUCAACAAAUAUCUCUCGACAUAUCUUACUAGACAAGGAUAUCCCGUAAUUGAGUUUAAUCGUUAGGUUUUGAAAAUAAUUUGAGAUAAGAAUAACAUCUUACUAUUAUAUUUGGAUCUAAAACACAAUAACAAAUGAGUUGUAGCGUAAUUGAAAAUAUAUUAACUAAUAGUGGCAGUGUCCCAAUUUUAAAUCACAUAAACUACUACUUAAAUAUUAUUUAUACCAAUACGCAAACUACUACGGGAGAUUGUAUAAUCAUUUUCCCAAAAUUUAAAGGUGUCCUACCACCACUUAAACAUUUUUUUUCUCAUAUACAAAUUACUAUCAUAGAUUGAAUAAUCGUGUUUCCAAAUUUUAGGGAUAUCCGGGGACACCCCUAACCAUGCAUGUAUCCGCCACUGCCUGUAAUGUUGAUAUACUUGUGAUUACUAACACAAUAGUUGAGAAGAUAAAUGCAAAUGAUUAUCCAUUAAUAUUCAUGAAAACUGGAAACUCAAUCAUGCAUGAGUAUGAUUUUAAUUUACUAUCAGGUCAGAAUCUUGCAUAGAGUACAGGUAUGGAUAAAACUCAAACUAUUUAGAAUAUGAUUAUAGAUAGUCACAAUCCGCUUCCAAUCUAACGCUUUGCCAUUCCUAAAUCUUUCCACUCUUUACCAUAUUCCGUAUUGUUAAAUUAUCAAAUUAUAUUCUAGAAUUUAUUACACAAAUAAACUAAAUCAAAAUAAAAACAAAUGGAAGAGAACCCCUCAGUAGUCAGUAUCAAUCGAUAUGCAACAAGAGAUAUAAAUCAGAAAACUCAUAUAAUCGAGCUGUGAAUUAAUUGGUUUUUAAUGGCGUGCAUUAAAUAAUAAUAAUAAAAGAACCACAAAUCAUAAGCAGGUGCAACUACUGCCCUAGAUAUUUGAUAUUAGUAUUCAAGGCUUUUUAUAUAAAGCCUUUGCAUGUCUUCAAUUCGUGUGGAAAAGAAACCAGCAAAUCAAGCCUAUAUAUAGAGAGAGUCCAUUUAUUCAGUAAAGCAUCUCCACCAAACCAGAAGGCAGAAGAAGUGUGAAGAGAGAGAGAGAGAGAUGGCCGUGACGGUGGAAACCGACCCAAAGCUUCAACAAGACGGCGGAGCAGCCGCCGCCGCCUCACCAGAUCCUCCGCAGAAGGCAGAGCUUGACGCCGGAGCGCUUUUCGUUCUCGAAUCCAAAGGGUCGUGGGUGCAUUGCGGGUAUCACUUGACGACUUCCAUCGUGGCGCCGCCGCUGCUCAGCCUGCCGUUCGCGCUCACACUGCUGGGCUGGGCCGGCGGGAUCGUGAGCCUGGUGGUGGCAGCGCUGGUCACUUUCUACUCCUACAACUUGCUGUCCUUGGUCCUCGAGCACCACGCCGCAAUGGGCCGCCGCCAGCUCCGCUUCAGAGACAUGGCCAACCAAAUCCUCGGUCCUAGAUGGGGCCGUUACUAUGUCGGCCCAAUUCAGUUCAUGGUCUGUUAUGGCGCUGUUGUUGCCUGUACUCUUCUUGGAGGUCAAUGCAUGAAGGCAAUUUACGUGUUGUCGAAGCCGGACGGCACGCUAAAGCUCUACGUAUUCGUAACGAUCUUCGGCUGCUUCAUGCUGAUACUGGCACAAAUCCCGUCGUUCCACUCCCUCCGCCAUAUCAACUUGGUCUCCUUGCUUCUCUGCCUCGCCUACAGCGCCUGCGCCACCGCCGCUUCCAUCCACAUCGGCAGCUCCUCCUCUUCCUCCUCGCAGCCGAAGGAAUAUUCCCUCCCGGGAGACAGCACGCAAGACAGGCUCUUCGGAAUCUUCAACGCCAUCGCCAUCAUCGGCACUACCUACGGCAACGGCAUCAUCCCCGAGAUUCAGGCCACCGUCGCGGCGCCCGUUAAGGGGAAGAUGUUCAAAGGGCUAUGCAUAUGCUACGCAGUCAUCUUGGCGACGUUCUUCAGCGUCGGUGUUUCGGGCUAUUGGGCUUUCGGUAACCGGGCCGAUGGGCUCGUGCUCAGCAACUUCGUGGACAAUGGCAGGCCUCUUGUCCCCAAAUGGUUUGUCCUGAUGACCAACGUCUUCACCAUUCUUCAGCUCUCCGCCGUGGCCGUGGUAUAUUUGCAGCCAACAAAUGAGGUGUUGGAAGGAACCUUCGGCGACCCGACGAGCAAGCAGUUCUCGGUGCGAAACGUAGUCCCGAGGGUGGUGUCGAGGUCUCUAUCGGUCGUCGUUGCAACUGUCGUAGCUGCAAUGCUGCCAUUCUUCGGAGACAUUAACGCGCUGAUUGGAGCUUUCGGUUUCAUACCUCUGGACUUCAUCCUGCCCGUUGUUUUCUAUAACCUGACGUUUAAGCCUUCCAAAAGGAGCAUUGUUUUCUGGCUCAACUCUACCAUUGCUGUCGUUUUCUCGGCGGUUGGAGCGAUUGCCGCUGUUGCCGCCGUCAGGCAGAUGAGCCUCGAUGCCAAGACUUAUCGGUUGUUUGCUAAUGUAUGAGGACAGUUUGUUAAAGCAUAUUCGUACACAAAAAAAAAAAAAAAAAAAAUUAAACGCAAAAUUGUCAAAUCUUGGGAUGUACCUACAGGCCGGCUACAAGGCAACAUAUGCUUGCUACUAAAAGCGUUCUUAGUUAUCUAAAGGAAACAAUGAAUUUCGAAGUAUGGUGCAAGAAGAAAAGUGAAGGGGCCCGUUUGGAUCCGGGAAACUGAUGAGGGAUUCAGCCAGAUUUCCGGCCCAUCAAGUAUUUUAAUCCAUUUCCGCGUUUGGGUAGCUCUUAAAUAAUGCGGGAUUUGGGCCACUCGGAAUUUUAAAAUCCGGCCCAGUCCGGAAUUGGAAAUAGCUGCCACCCCUCAAGUAUUUUAAAAUCCGGCCCCAAUUUUUCAAUUUCUGCCAACUGUGUCCCUACUCAUUUUUUGUUAAUCCAAUUGUACCCUUAACCACAAUUUUUACGGACCUAACUCUCAUUCUUCCCAUCGACGACAUCUUCUUCUCUCUCCCUCCGUCACAACUCGUCGGCUUCUUUUCCCUCCCAGAUCCGCCAGCCGUCUCACGGAGAAUGCCGCAGCCAUCGACGACAUCUUCUUCUCUCUCCCUCAGAUCCGUCGGUCGUCUUGCGAACAGAGCCACAACGACGUCGACGUCUUGUUCUUCUUCCUCCAACUCCGCCGAACGUUUCCGAACGAAGUCACAACAGCUCCGUUGACAAAUACAAUCCCCUUCUGAGUGCCACCACCGGCGACGACUUGGUCGAGGAUGGUGCGAUGGUUGUUGGUGAUUCGAGGGAACCCUAAUCCCCAAAUUAGGGAUUUUGGGUUUCGGAGAGUAGAUUGAUUGCAAGGUGGGAUUAGUUUGUCUACUGAUAAAGAUGAUGAAUAAAUGAAUAAUGGUUUCUUCAAUUGGAUAAAGGGGGUGAUUAUGGGUUACUGGUGGCCAUGAUGGUUUGGUCAUUGGUGGCUAUGAUGGCGAUUUCUGGGUUUCUUUGGAUCCGAAGGAGGCAGGAGGGAGAAGACGAGGGUAAGGUAGUCUUUAAACAUUUUGGAUCAAAAUCUCUAAUCCUCAAACAAACAAGUAAUUUGGGUAAAAUAACUGAUUUAAAUUAUCUGGUUUUUUAAAUGAGGAAUUUGAUCUGAAAUCACUCCUAUUAAAAUUGCUAAUCCAAA